AUGUUCGGUUUGCGCAAGUGGUCUACUCCUUUCCUCCGUCCUGCCGGUCCCUUUAUGGUCGGUGGCGCUGUUGUCUUUUACUUGGUUGCCAAGAUGCAGGGUGCCAUGAUUGACUCUGAUGAGUACAGAAACGAUCCCAGAAACCCUGCUGCCGGUAAGUAA